AUGACAAUAUUCUCUUUGUUACUAUUCUUCUUCCUUGGUCGCAUAAUCUCCGGCCAUCCACAGGGUCCUGUCGGUGACACCAAGCCUCCCGUACACAAUCCAAUCAAGAAUGUUGUGGUGGUCGUACAGGAGAACCUUUCUUUUGACACCUUUGCCGGGGGGUUGACCUAUAACGCGGACAUCGACGGGCUUAUUCGUACACAAUACUGCAACCCGGCCAAUAUUUCUGAUCCAGAGUCUCCUCAAGUCUGCGCCCAGCCAACCGCGCAGGACAUCGCCCCCGAUGACCCCGACCACAGCAUCGCCGGAGGCAAUCUGCAGAUCUAUGGCAAUUAUGAUCCGAAGCCCGGCACUGACCGUCCCACCAUGCAGGGCUUUGUGACAGAACAGGUCCGUGCCUAUGGGCUUGACGGGAACCUCGGUCGUGCAGCCGAGGUCAUCAACUACUACACCCCCGACCGCGUCCCCGUCCUCAAUGCUCUGGCGGAGAAUUUCCUUCUCUUCGAUCGCUGGUUUGCUUCCGUUCCCGGUCCGACGAAUCCCAACCGUGCGUAUCUGACAUCGGGCACGUCGCACGGCCAUGGGUCUAACGACCCCGACUUCGACACCUCCUCCCUGCCCCAGGUCUCCAUCUUCGAGCAACUGACGGCGGCCAAUAUCAGCUGGAUCAACUACUCCAACACCACGGGGUUCCUGCCGGAUGCCCUCUUCUAUACGUGGACAAAGAUAUCUGGCCACGGGGUGUCGAACGUCAAACCGAUCGAUCAGUUCUACAAGGAUGCCAAGGCAGGCACCCUGCCGCAGUUCACCUGGAUCAACCCGGAAUGCUGCUCAUUCACCUCCUUCCACCCACCAUCGCCGGUUCACCUCGGGGAGGGUUUUCUCAAGAGUCUCUAUGAGGCACUGCGAGCAUCCCCGCAGUGGAAUGAGACCCUCUUCAUCCUCACCUUCGACGAGCAUGGCGGAUUUGCGGACCACGUGCCCCCUCCGGAGAAUGUGCCUGCAGGGGACGAUCUUCCAUACACGGAAGCUGCUCGGGACGGCACCCAGACGACCUUCCGAUUCGACCGGCUGGGUGUACGGGUUCCGACCCUGCUGAUUUCGCCUUGGGUGGACAAGGGAGCCGUACAACACGGACCAACAGACCAACCAAACGAUUUCACCCACACCUCCAUCUUGAAAUAUGUGGCGGAACUGUGGGACCUACCCCUGUUGACACCCCGCGUAGCCUGGUCCCCUAGUUUUGGCAGUUUGAUUCGAGAUUCUUCGCGAUCAGAUACCCCCGAAAGACUACCCGAGCCGUGA